UUGACAGCUUGAUCGGACGACCAGUCAGAGGAAGGAGUGGGAGAAGGAGGUGGCCUGCCUUUGAGUGCGGUUCGCUGAAGUUUUGUAAAAAUUCCUGGGUUGUUUGUGAGACAACAGCAGCACUAGGGCGAUGUCUGUCAAACACAGCUGCUCAUUAUUCGACUUAUUUUCUACCGGAUGAUCCCGAGCUGCUGUCGCUGUUCCUGUUGUGUUUUUUAGACAGAGAACCAGUUCAUCGGAUGAGUCAGUUUGGGAUUCAAUUUUAAUGGACUAACAGGUUAUUUUUUUUAUUGGUUUCUGGUUUUGGAAGCUGUCUUUUCAACGUUUAGACUCAACCAGCCGGAGUAAGUGCCAUUUGUGGACGCACACGUGUAGUCCGUCCUCCUCCAUCCGGCUCAAGACGCACCGAUCCGUCAGCUCUCUCUGGAUAAAAGUUGAUUCACUGUUUGGGAUUUCGUUUUAAAAGAGGAAGAGAAAGCUAGAGACAACAUGUCGCUAAGCAGAAGUAUUGAAUUCGAACACUUUGAGGAACGAGAGAAGCCGCACCGGACGCCGAGGACCAACUCUGGCUCCGGGUCUCAGUCCGGCUCCAGAGGCAACGGUCUGGUGCCAAGCCCGGCGCACAGUGCGCACUGUAGUUUCUACCGCACACGCACACUCCAGUCCCUCACGACCGAGAAAAAAGCCCGGAAAGUGCGCUUUUAUCGCAAUGGUGACAAGUAUUUCAAAGGUUUGGUGUAUGCGGUGUCCAACGACCGGUUCAGGUCCCUGGAUGCUCUGCUCAUGGAGCUCACACGGUCCCUGUCGGACAACGUGAACCUUCCUCAAGGGGUCCGGACGUUGUACACGCUGGAUGGGGGCAGGAAGAUCAGCAGCCUGGAUGAGUUGGUGGAGGGUGAGAGUUAUGUGUGCGCCUCCAACGAAGCCUUCCGUCGUGUGGACUACACCAAGAAUGUCAACCCCAACUGGUCAGUGGGCAGCAAGACCGGUACAUCACGCUCCCUCUCCUCUCUCUUCCCACUGAAGAAUGAGCUGCAGCGCGAAUCUAAAGAUUUCAUCAAACCUAAGUUGGUCACAGUAAUCCGCAGCGGCGUCAAACCCCGCAAGGCCGUUCGGAUACUGCUCAAUAAGAAAACGGCACACUCCUUUGAGCAGGUGCUCACCGACAUCACGGAUGCAAUCAAGUUGGACUCCGGAGCCGUGAGGAGACUGUACACUUUGGAAGGCAAGCAGAUUACCUGCCUGCAGGAAUUCUUCGGGGAUGAUGACGUGUUCAUAGCGUGCGGACCAGAGAAGUACCGUUACGCUCAGGACGACUUUGUGUUGGAUCACAGCGGUAAGGCUUCCACAGCCUUUAUGACUGAAUGCAAAGUGCUAAAGUCUUCGUACAGCCGCUCUGCUACUCCAAACCGGACAGCUAAGAGCCCUGGACCUUCGCGACGUAGCAAGUCUCCUGGUGCAGGUAGGCGACCUGUCCACUACUCAACCAGUCAGUCGCCCAUCAAGUCCCCAGUAAAUGGUAUCUCAACAAGUCAGAUCUCAGUUCCUAAGUCCACCAAGUCCUCCACACCAUCUCCCACCAGCCCCCGACCCAUCCCCAGUUUUAAGAUCCCUCCAUCACAUCACAUCUCCUCCCCAAAUGUAAAUGGCUCUUUGAACAAUCACCAGGAGCAGACCAAUCAGCUGAGCCCAGAAGAAGUUAAUGGGAACAGAUACUCGCCCGCCUCGAGCAUCUUGGAAAAAUACAAGAUCGGCAAAGUCAUCGGAGACGGCAACUUCGCAGUGGUCAAGGAGUGCGUGGAGAGGUCCACGGGGAAGGAGUUUGCUCUGAAGAUCAUCGACAAGGCCAAGUGCCGUGGAAAGGAGCACCUCAUAGAGAAUGAAGUCGCCGUGCUGCGGAGGGUGAAACACCCCAACAUCAUCAUGCUGAUUGAGGAGGUGGACACGCCCUCUGAUCUCUACCUGGUUAUGGAGCUGGUGAAGGGAGGGGAUUUAUUUGAUGCCAUCACGUCCUCGGCCAAAUACACGGAGAGAGACGCCAGCAUCAUGGUCUACAACCUCGCUGGGGCCUUGAAGUACCUGCACAGCAUGAACAUCGUGCACAGAGACAUUAAGCCUGAGAACCUGCUGGUGUUUGAGUACCCAGAUGGCACCAAGUCACUGAAACUUGGAGACUUUGGAUUGGCCACAGUGGUGGAGGGACCCUUGUAUACUGUAUGCGGCACUCCUACGUAUGUGGCUCCAGAAAUCAUUGCCGAGUCGGGCUACGGUCUGAAGGUGGAUAUCUGGGCUGCAGGUGUCAUCACCUACAUCCUUCUGUGCGGCUUCCCUCCAUUUAGAAGUGAGAACAACCUGCAAGAGGACCUGUUCGACCAGAUCCUUCUUGGCCGGCUGGACUUUCCCAGUCCUUACUGGGACAACAUCACCGACUCAGCUAAGGAGCUGAUUGGAAAGAUGCUGCAGGUCAACGUUGAGGCUCGAUACACGGCCCUGGACGUCCUGUCUCACCCCUGGGUCACGGAUGACAUCAUCUUGGAGAACAACAUGAAGAUGGAGGUGACAGGUAAACUGAAGACGCACUUUAACACUGCGCCAAAGCACAACAACGCCACAGCCGGCGUGUCGGUCAUCAUGAGCACAGCUCUUGAUAAAGAGACCCUUCAGCUCGCUGCCCGUCGUCGUCCAGAUCCACAAGUGGCGCCAUGCUCGCCAUCGCUAGCUGGCAAGGAACUCCCAUCUGCUCUCCCAGUCCAACCAGCUUCUCCAACCAAACAGGCGCCGUGUGCUAAAGUGCCAAAAUCUACCAGGCUGGCUUCACCAACCACUGAGACUGCAGCAGCUGCCGGGCCUGAUGCUACCAGACCUCCCUGCUCUCAGCCCGGCAGUGACAGUCAUGUUUUAGCUCCUGAGGUAGAUCUGCCUCCCCCUCCUCCUCCUGCUGUAAGUUCGCUCCAGUUCUCACCCUCUGCUGAAGCUCCUCCCAUCGCUUCGUUGCCUCUCUCCUCCCCUCCUGAGAUUGAAACGCCGCCGACUUCCCUACCAGACGCCUCUUGUUUACCCACAGAGUCGACCUCACCCCCUGUCCUCUUCACCUGCGCUACUCCCUCAACACCCACCUCCUGUCCUUCCCCAUCAUCUCCCACCAAACCCUUUUCUCUCUCCCCCUCUUCUCCCACCAAGCAACCAGCAUCCCUAUCCUCCUCUCCCAUGAAGCCGACGUCCCCUUCUCCCAUCUCCCCCGUCCAGCCCGUCGUAUUCUUCCCGCUCUCCUCCCCGACGGACCCGGAGCCGUCCUCCCCCUCUCCCAUUCAUCCGACUCUGUUCCCCUCUCCUCCCUCCACGCCUCCCAGAUCCAGGAGCCCUCCCUCCCCCGCCGGUCCUCCUUCCCCCAGCCCUCCACCGGCCGAAGAACUUGUGGGGUAAAAUCGAAAAGGCCAGCCUGCUCGGCUCCUCUUUCCACAAACAAAACAGAAAACGGGGGAUGAAAAGACCACAUCGAGCAUUUCUUAGUAGCUGUAAACUGAGCCAGGCACUGACCGCUGCAUCCACAUCCACUCAUUCUCAUUGUGUGAAGCUGAGCAUUUUCUCAAGAGCGUCGAUUGUAUAUAUGUGUUUUUAUUUAUUAUCGGAGGAUGUGGAGAAAGGGAAUAUCACUGUUCUGAGUGGUUUGUCUAUUGAAGUCAUGCAUUUCUGUAUCGCAUAAUGUGAAUCCUUCCUCUCAUUUAGCUUCUCACUUCCCCUUUGUAAAUAAUGAUUCUGGACAAACGCAUCCCGGUGUGGACUCCUGUUGCUUCAGCACAGAGACAGUACUGUAACCAUUAAACAAGUAUCCCAGCAUAUCAGAACUUUCUAGACUAGCUACCUGUAGUGUAGCCAUCCUGAUGGUGACGGCACAUUUGUUCCUUUAUGUGGGUGUUACUGUGAACGGUGGGUGGACAAAAUAAUGCAGUAAGUUAACGCUAUUAACAGCUUCAGCUCUGCUUCUGUGAUGUCUUGAUGCAGGCAAAAGUGGUGAUUAUCAGAAACAAAUACCUCUAAAGUACAUUCAAAGUCCUCACAGAAGAAUCUCCCCACUUGGCGGUUAUUUUGGGUGAUCCUGUUUAAAUGAAUGUGGAGAGAAUAACUGCAACUUCCACCAGGACAACAGCGAUCAUCCCCAAAACUCAACACUUUUUUGAAUUAUGUGUCUAAUUUGGUCCAAUUUUAAGCUACAAACCCAAACAGGCUAACCCUGACAGAGCUCAGAUUUGGCCGAUCAAAAGGCAUCAAAAUGCUCUGCAAAAGUCUGAGGAUGUGGAAAUGGCAGCCUCCAGAAUUUCAACAAUUCGUCUUGGAACAUUCAAAUGCUGUGUAUCUGGCUUGUACUUUCUCCAAUCUGCUUCAAACUUUAUAUGUGUGAUCAGAAUCCAGCUCUGAUGUAGCCUAGCUUAGCUAGACUGUAUUCCCAUUAUAAGGGAUAUACGGGAAUACGGUCUAGCCCUCCUCCAUUGACACAUUUUGACAGGUUUUCAAACUCCGAGCAGAUCAGACCGAACCAAUCAGAGCACCAGAGGUGGAAGUUAACGAUGCGUCAUCUUCAGGGCCGAGUUGGCAACCGCAACAGAGCGAGGUUUCUCUCGUGCGCUUUCCUCUGUUUUGCACGGGCUGAAUUUGUCCUUAAAACCUCAACAAGAAGCAGCUCUUAAAGCUUUUCUUUUUAAAAAGGAUGCAUUUUUAAUUCCGGCAGGCUGUACGAUAGAAUGCGUAAUGCUGCCCUCCACUGUUGAAAGGGAGAGCUUAGAUUUUCCUCAGGACCCCUAGCCUAGCCGCGCUAGACAACCCACGGCAACGAAUUUAAUUCUCUGCCAGGGAGGGUCUAGUUACCCUCCAUAAGGCUCGAGGCUGGAUUCUCCUAAAACUGGUCGGACCAAUCACCAUGAAGUGUAGAGUCAGAAGGCGGGCGUAACGAAGUGACGACAGAGGCGUGACGAUUCCGACAGAAACAACCGGCGCACAAUAAACAGUUAUCUUUCGACUCGGCUUUGGCCACAGCCCUUAAAGAUUUGAAGCUAAAAUUCAACUUGAAAGAUAAACAAAGUACGGCACUGAAGUGUUUCAUUGAGAAGAAAGACAUAUUUGGACUUAUGCCGAUGGGAUAUGGCAAAUCCUUAAUAUACCAGUUGGCUCCGCUGGUUGGGAAGCUAACGGGACUUAGCCACAAUCCGCCGGUGCUCUCGGAACUAUGUCAGCCUAUUCGUUGCGUUGAUUGGUUGUAUACCUACCCAAUUGCUGCAGAGGGAUUUGAUAGACAACCUUUUAGCCCACCUCCCUCCCUGUCGAGCUUCCCUAGACCCUUGUGCCGUCAGAAACAUGGGUGUAGCAUGGCUAGGCUACAGGACCCCUGUACGGCGAAGGAAGCUGUUAAAACUACAAAACAUCAUGGCGGAAAGGCAAUUGUUAGGUCGCUUAGUGAUUGCGUCACACAUGUGUUACGCUGAUUGGCUCUCUCCAAUUCAAGCUGUGAUCGGUAGUCCCGCCUCUGGGCUAGAUUUGGUUCAAUGGAGCAGUUACAGACUGACUUUAUGUGUAUUUGUAAUACACAAUAUAAAGGCUGUCUGGUCCCCAGGCAAGCUCUGAUGACCUCCUUAGGCCAGUAUACAUUCUGUUGCAGCGCCACCUGGUGGACAUUCUUGAAUUCAGUGACAAGCAAGGAUAUGAGGACCUGAUUAACACUGACUGCAGCUUUAAAACUACAUGUACAGAAUCACCAGCCUAAUCCUAUUUAACGAAACACCUAAAAAAAUGACGUUGCGCUGAGUGAAGGCAUGUGUACGUUAUGUGACCUAAACAUGUUGCGGGCGGUGGGAGUUGAUGGGACUCAGAAACACCCCCACAAUUGAAUCAAUUGAUCUUUGUGUCAUUUCCGACAGAGAUACGUCCUGAUGGAUUUUAAGUAGGAUCGCUGUCAUGUGAUCAUCAGCAGGGAACUGACGUAGUGUUCACUUGUUGUCAUAGUUACAGUGAGGCCGUGCUUAAUCAAUCAAGUGCCAUGCCAUUCAGCAUAGACGAUCAUUUCUCUCCAUCUAAGCCGAUCUUUUGCUUUCUGAAUUUUGACCGUUGCUGUGCCGCUAUCUUAGCCUAGCCGCGCUAGACAACCCACGGCAACGAAUUUAAUUCUCUGCCAGGGUGGGUCUAGUUACCCUCCAUAAGGCUCGAGGUUGGAUGCUCCUAAAACUGGCCGGACCAAUCACCAUGAAGUGUAGAGUCAGAAGGCGGGCGUAAUGAAGUGACGACAGAGGCGUGACGAUUCUGACAGAAACAACCGGCGCACAAUAAACAGUUAUCUUUCGACUCGGCUUUGGCCACAGCCUUUAAAGAUUUGAAGCUAAAAUUCAACUUGAAAGAUAAACAAAGGACAGCACUGAAGUGUUUCAUUGAGAAGAAAGACGUAUUUGGACUUAUGCCGACGGGAUAUGGCAAAUCCUUAAUAUACCAGUUGGCUCCACUGGCUGAGAAGCUAAUGGGACUUAGCCACAAUCUGGCGCUCUCGGAACUACGUCAGCCUAUUCAUUGCGCUGAUUGGCUGUAUACCUCCCCAAUUGCUGCAGAGGGAUUUGAAAGACAACCUUUUAGCCCGCCUCCCUCCCUGUCCAGCGUUCCUAGACCCUUGUGUCUUAAGAGCUGGAUCUAGCGCGGCUAGGCUAUCUCUCAAUGACACAGAAAUUUUAACAAAUCUGUGGAUCCAGAUUACAGGCUGCAUUUCUUCCAACAUCUAAUCUGGUGGUCCUUGCGUCAUUUCUGACCUUCCGUGAAAAUUUCGACCAAAUCCAUUAUUCUGUUUUUGAGUAAUGUUGUGCACAGAGAAAUAGAUGGAAGGACAAAGGUAUGCUGAUCGUCGCAUAACUCCACCACGUUCCUUGGCGGAGUAACAAGCACAUGAGCACAGUUUCAUAACACCUUGUUUGAGUCGUUGCAGAAUUCUCCUACAAAUUUCUAUUCAGAUUUCAUAAGUAUAGAGUCUCUUUGUACUAAUAUUACCAAUGUGUCCGCAUGAAUUAGAAAAUGCCAUUUUUAUCGUUCACCUCCCAAACCUUUUGGCUUGUUAUCCCUCACAGUACAACGCAUAAACAUUUCAACUAAAGGCUGACCACUGUUUUAUCUAAAGACCCUCUCCAAUGAAAAUCAAGCCUUCACCUUGUUAACAUGCUUAUCUGGUGUUUUUAACAUGCAGACAAAUGCACCAUUAGUGAAACCAUCAGUCGGCACAAUGGCUGAACAUUUCUCAAAAACCAUGUUGUGAAGCGGAAAUGCGGCCUUCUGCUGUUCUAACUUGUCAAAUUAAAUGUGAUCCUUUGGGAGUCACUCCUCAUGCGGUCCGUAGCCGUGAACAUGUGCAGGUGUUGAUCAGCCUGCUGCUAGUUUAAUACAAUACAAAAUGGAAUUAUGUUUGUGAUGCUCGUAUAAUUAAAAAUAUCACAGCAGCGGUGACUCUCUCCAGAAACAGUGUCCCAGUUACUCUGAAUAAUUCACUUACGGUUCAGUUUAAAUUAGUUCGGUGAAUUAUCCAGUACCUGGAUCGCAGCCUCGGGAGAAGAAGCGUAACAUUUUCAUUAUCGUGAGCAAAAAACACAAUUUAUCCACCUUCACGGCAUUAAAGAGGGUUGGGAGGAGAAAUUUCACAGAUGAGUAUCUAAAAACCUGUGUAAAUAAACCCAGAUAGAAGUGACACAAAGGUGUUUAUUCCAGCGCGGUUGCCUUUUUGCUUUAUUUUGUUCACCCGCUGUCACUGACACAUGCUGACUCUUUCAUUCACUCGCUGUGUGUUUGCGUUAUUGGGUGUCGACUGUAUCUGUACAUAGUGUGAUGAACCUAAGCUGUCCACCUGAAACUUGAAGGUUUGUAUUUGCAUCUGUGUGUCUGAGCAGCCGUGACCCGCAAAGUCAGAGCUGCUGUAUAGAGACAAAGUAGAUCCAACAGACAUUCAACCAAACUCUGCUUUUGACACAAACUGCUCACAGCUACGGCUAAAGUAUUGCACAGAAAGGACACAGUUACUACUUGUAGUUUCUCCUGACUCUCCUGUACUGUGGGCAGCAUGAAACUACACUUCAGAAUAUUCAACUUGUGGUUUUUGGUCUGUUGGAUUUAGAAGAACGAAUGUGUUGUCAAGGUGACGGGUUUGAACCUGAUCACAGCUCAUUGCUUAAUGAUGCCUUCAUCCAAACCAGCUUGGCUGAAAAAUGAUGUCCCACAUUCUGAGUCCUAAAAGUUAAGUUAGAAGUGAUUUGUUUUGUCCUCGUUUUAAACUCUCUGGCUUUUAUCCCAGCUGCUGUGAGUAGAGCCGACUCUUCCCCCUUUACCUCCUGUGGACUUUUUCUGCUGCAUGAAUACUCUCCUCUCACACACUCAGAGUCAAGUUGGUACACAAUGUCAUUUAGUUCCUCUUCUGCAUAGUAGUCAAAGUAGAUUUUCAUGCUUUGUUUUAGCAGUUUGUAAAGGAAGAUUUGUAUGAAAAGACAGUUUUAACCAGCUAGGUCAAACAUGUCAAACUGGAGUUUUUAUUAGGCGUAGAGCGGCUGCUUUUAAUCUCCCACUAUUUUGAAACAGUUCAAAAGAGGGUAAAAAAUGCAAUAAAGACUUCAAAUCCA